GCGGGCGAACGGUCGUGUUUUGAAAUUAAGGGCCGCUAUUUUUUUUACACAUAUUUAAUUAAAUUAUACGUGGAAGUUCGUUGUGGUUGGUUACAAGAAUUUUGAGAAAUUGGAAAUAUCUGUCAAAGAUGAAGUCCCCACAAUCAAAACACGUGCGACUUUUGCAAGAAAAGCAUCAAGAAAAUAUUGAAAGUAUGCUGAAAAACCUCUUUAGGGACGAAACGUUGAGCGAUAUCACCCUGCAUUGUAAAGACGGAGUUGUCAAAGCUCACAGAGUGAUAUUGGCUGCUUCUAGUUCAUAUUUUAGAAAGCUUUUUGAAGAACACCCAGAAAACCAAGUGGCAUUUCUUAUACAUGGUGUUUCCGCUAAACAGAUAAAAUGUUUGGUGGAGUUGAUGUAUAGAGGAAGCACCCAAAUACCUUCGGAGAUGACAACCAAAAUUUGUAAUAUUGCCGAAGAAUUUGGCGUCAAAGGAGUUGUUGAUGAAAAUGAAAAAUUACUGAACAGCUCAGGUAUAGACACAAGAUUUAAAGGACAAAAACGAGUUACUGUAGACUUUGAAAAUGAACUAACAUCUCAAACCAAAAGGCAACAAAGACGAUUAAGUAGUUGCUCAGAUAAAUCCUCGAAGAAAUCUCCAUCAGACGAAAACCCAAUGAACCCUUUGGAAAGCUUAGGUCUCAUAUCAACUCAUAUUAAAGAGGAGCCUCAAGACCAAACUCCUGUUGUAGCAAAUGCUGCGCUUUCUAAUUCUGAAAUAGCUCUGUUGUCUCCUGAAAUGCGUCGAAGGCAUAAUUGGGCUAUGAAACAAAGAAAGUAUAAAUGUACACUAUGCCCUGCAAGUUUUAAAAGAGCAUCUCACCUAACCCGACAUCAGCUGGUGCAUACUGGAGAGCGCCCGUAUGCUUGUAAUCAAUGUGAUAAGGCAUUUUCACGGCAUGACAAGCUUAAGCAUCACAUAAGAAAGGCACACGACAUACCUUACAUGGAAGAUAUGAUUGAUAGGGAAAGCGAGCAUGAGCUCUAUUCAAUAGGACAAGUGAAGUUGAAUAGCCCGUCUUUCGAACCUUCUGCAGUAAUAACCCGAGAAGAUCUCUUGGCAGAGAUGAGGCUUCAAGAAGCACCAAAACCUUUAGCAUCCAUUCCAGAAAUACCAAAGGUAUCCUCGAUUGUCAAAGAGAUAAGUACAGAAAUAUUGCCUUUAAAGGUAAACGCAAUGUCCAGUUUAAAUAAAGAUAAGGAAGCAGUUAGUAGCAUUAGUACUUUAAUAUCUCAGAAGAAAGGAAGGGGUAGACCGAGAAAAUAUCCGCCAGUACUAAAACCUUUAAUUAAACGACCAAGAGGAAGGCCACGACUUAAUUCGUCAAUAUCCCGUCUUCAAAAUAGAUCUGCUGACAGUAAAAGCAACGAUGGUUAUACGGACGCGCCAAUUGAAAAUAUUAAUGAAUACCUUGCAACAUCUAUUCAUCAGGAAGAUAGUGAAAGUACUGAAAACGAAAGCCAAUUUGAUUCCAAUUCUAAUUCCAACAUCGAUCCCGCUCACUUUGUGGAGCCAAUAAUCGCUUUAAACUUAGAUCAAAAUCAAGGAAGUAGCUCUUCAAUAUCAAAGGUAAACACCAAAAGUCAAACGACCGAAGAAAGACUGGCAGAAACUCGAAAUUAUGACGAGCCCCCUCAAACUACCGCGGGGUCGUUUCUCAAAAAUAUUGGAUUGUUGGAGACUAAUUCGGUGUCCAAGAUGAAUAUUGGGGAAUGUACUAUAUCUGUUAGUAGUAGUACAGUAGUUGGUAAUUCUACAACUACUCUCCAGAAAGAAAUGUAAACAAAGACAAAAUUAUUUAGCGACGCAUACAAUUGAAUAACUAGAAAAAUAAACCCACUUUACCCAUAUUUCAGAAUGUUCUGAUCCAAUGUUAGGGGUCUGUAUUGAUUUUUUUCAGAUUACAAAUAUUAAAGCUCCUAUUAGAGAAACAAAAAAGAAAUAAUUUUUUGAAUACUGUGAAACUGUUUUACUGGUUAUUUGACCAGAUAUCUACAAAGCUGCGCGUCAUACAUAAAUGUUUGA